AUGUCUCCCGACCACAGCAGUCCAUACGACGCCGAGGAUGAAGAAGGCGGACUGUACCGUCUACGCACCACCGACCACUGCGAAUCCACCGACGGCGGCUCUGUCCUCCCCGUUCCCGUCGAGGAAGACAGCAUCGAGGACUCUUAUCUCAUGCGCGAGGACGAGCACAAGGAAGACACCGACUUGGUUUUUCUCCCGCCGAACGCCGUCCGACUACGCGCCGCUCUCGAGCGCGUCUUCGUGGCCGCGGCUAUUGUUCUUCACCUGGUCGGCGGUGUUAUCGCUACGUUCAACGAGGCCUCGGACGUGUCAGUCUAUAGAUCUGCGUGUUCCGUUUUGUUUUGGUCCUACAUUCUCUUCCUCACAUUCUACCGCAACACUACACUAUCAUACGAUCUCUCAUACAGAGUGAGCGCGAACCUCGCCUGCCUCUUUACCAUAUACUGGGUGAUCUCGGUCAUCGACUUCCGCUCGCAACUCGUCUCACAGCAUUCAAAAUUCUUCUCAAUCGUUACCUUCUUCGACACCGCUCUCGCUACCGCCCUCUUUGUCAUCGCGCUCUGCUCUCCCCUGGGAGUCACACCUGCAUAUGUCAAGGUCAACAAGGGUCUGACCUACAUGCCUGAGCCGUAUGCUUCGUUUGCGUCCAUUUUGACGUUCAGCUGGUUAGUGCCUCUGUUGCUGGAAGGUCGUCGCACACCUCUAAAGAUGGAUACCCUGUGGGAUUUGUCGGAAGAAAUGCGUUCACCCUACCUGAGCCGCCGAUUUAGAGCGGUCCGCCGAACUGCGUCGUUCAGAUGGACGCUUUUCAACCUCUGCGUCGCGCCGUUCAUUGUCAACAUCUGCAUCGCAGUCGUCUCCUCGAUGCUCACUUUUGGACCGACGAUCUGUCUCAGACUGAUUGUCAGCUACAUUGAAAACCCGAGUGAGACUCCGAGACAUAUGGCGUGGCUGUAUGUCUUGGUGCUAUUCUUCACUUCGCUGUCAUCUGCGUCUUUGGACUCUCUAUGCUCCUGGGGAUUCCGAAAGAACGGAAACACGUACAGGUCUAUCUUGAUCACUGAGAUUUACGCCAAAGCUCUUCGUCGGAAAAUCACUAGUGCGGUCGACAACGAGUCUUCGUCGAAGGAGGCCGAUGACGACAAAACAGCUGCCGCGAAACUAAACAGCACGGUUGUCAGUGACGACGACGAGGAUUCCGAAGGCUCGAAAUCCGACGAUACAGAUACCGGCCGGAUCGUGAACUUGAUGGCAAUCGACGCCACCAGGAUUUCCGACGCGUUCACAGAAGCUGGAAUCCUUGUCAAGACCAUCAUCAUUGUGUUUUUCGCGUUUUACCUACUGCUCAAGAUGCUCGGAGUCAGUGCUAUUGCUGGAAUCAUCGCGUUUCUUGCGCUGGUUCCGGUGAAUGUGUGGAUCUCCAAAUCUCUGGCGACGAACCACAAGGACUCUAUGGAGAUCACUGACAAGAGAGUCAGUAUGACGAAUGAGAUUCUGCAGAAUAUCAAGAUUAUCAAAUAUUUCGCUUGGGAAUCCAUGUUCAAAGACAAGCUCAUGGAAAUCAGAAACAAGGAAGUCAACGUUCUUAUCAAGUUCUGUCUCCUCGCCACGACCGGCGGUGCGACUUGGUUCGGCACUCCUCUGAUCAUGACGCUGGCUUUGCUUGGUACCUAUAUCGGUGUCACUGGAAACCCGCUCACGGCCUCUCUUGCGUUUGGAACAAUCUCUCUAGUUAAUGUUAUCAAGACGCCGCUCGAGAAUGUGUCGUCUUUGUUGACGAUGGUGAUGAGUGCGAAAGUCUCGUUGGAUCGUAUUGAGAACUUCAUUAAUGAUGACUCGACGACUGAGAAGUACAGCCAGCUAUCCAAGCCUCGCGGACCUGAUUCUCCAUACAUCGGAUUCGAGAACGCUUCAUUCACUUGGGGCUCCUCAAAGAGUGCAAAGAAGUUUACUCUCUCUGACUUUUCGAUUGACUUCCCGGUCGGCAAAUUGACCGUCAUCGUUGGUCCCACCGGUGCCGGAAAGACUUCGAUGCUUAUGGCUUUGCUGGGUGAGAUGAAUCUCUUGAAGGGAUCUGUCUACCUCCCUGGUGUUGCCACUAGUCGCAAACCGGCGCGGGAUCCAGAGACUGGAUUUUCCGAGUCGGUCGCGUAUUGCGCGCAGCAGGCAUGGCUUAUCAACGACACUAUCCGCAACAAUAUCCUAUUCGGUCGUCCGAUGGACGAGGCUCGCUACCGUCAAACCGUCUACGCCUGUGCUCUCGUCCGGGAUUUCGAGAUUCUGGAGCACGGCGAUCUGACUGAAGUCGGCGAGAAAGGAAUCUCGCUUUCCGGUGGACAAAAGCAGAGAAUCUCGCUUGCGCGUGCGGUUUACUCUGACGCUAAGCACCUGUUGCUCGAUGACUGCUUGAGCGCGAUUGACACGCACUCUGCGCUCUGGGUUUACAAAAAGUGCAUUAAGGGUCCGAUGAUGGAGGGUAGAACCUGUAUUCUUGUCUCGCAUAACAUCUCACUCAGUGUUCCUGAUGCUGACUUUAUCGUCUCGGUUAACAACGGACGGGUCAAGUUCCAGGGAACGCCGGUGGAAGCCUCGGAGGAGAACGUGUUUGGUGACGACGAUGUCUUGCGGAGGAAUAUCUCGAGCAGGAAUACACCUGCCCCAUCGACGACUGACUUGAAAUCCUUGAAUGUGGAUCCUCUGCAAAAAACGGAGACUUUGAAGGCUGACGAAGAAGACACGGAGGAAGAGGCUAAGAGGCUGAUGGCCUCAAUCAAGAUGAAGGAUGUCUCGGAGGCGCCCCAGAACGCCGAGUCGCAGCAAACGGGAUCGAUCAAGUUGAGCACUUACUUGACUUAUUUCCAGUAUAUGGGUAGCAAGUGGUUCUGGCUUACCUUCGUCGUUGCGUGCGUCCUGCAGCAGCUUGCGGAGGCUAGUAAGAAUCUGUGGGUGAGUCACUGGUCUGACACCACGGCGUCGGUCGAGAGCGAGAUUGAGGUCACAAAGAUUGGCGGAGACCAUGGCUCGUUCUUUUAUUUUUCAGUCUAUGCGUUGAUCUCGUUCGUCUUCUUGCUCAUUACCUACCUUCGUGAAGUGCUUUUGUUUUACGGAAGCAUCAUGGCAUCCCGGAAACUGUUCAACGACAUCACCAACUCCAUCAUAUACGCGAGCCCGCGUUUCUUCGACAUCACCCCCGUCGGUCGCAUCCUAAACAGAUUCGGCAAGGACAUCGCCACCGUCGAUCGCGAGAUCGCGACCUGGCUGCGAUACGUGGCUUUGCACGCUGCCGAGCUCGUCACUGUCUUGAUCAUCAUCUCGGCUGUCGUGCCGCAGUUUUUGAUCGUUGCAUUUGUUAUUGGUUGCGCGGUGUACUUUAUCUCAAACCUGUACUCAAAGUCCUCGCUCGAACUUCGACGGCUGCAGAGCACGACGCAGAGUCCUAUCUACCAGCAUUUUGGAGAGACUCUGAAUGGCUUAGCCACGAUCCGCGCUUACGGCCAGGAAUCGCGCUUUGCAUACCAGAAUAUGUCUAUUCUCGACUACAACAUGCGUCCGUACACUAUCGUCUGGGUAUGCAAUCGGUGGAUGACAUUCUGCUCGCAGUCGAUUGGAACUCUGGUUGCUGUGACCACUGCAUUCCUCUUGAUCUGGCUUAGCGACAGAAUCGACCCCGGUUUUGCGGGACUGAUCCUGGCCUACGCGAUCUCGUUUUCCGAGAGCAUGGUCUAUUUUGUGUUUGUGUGGACGCUCAACGAGAUGAAUAUGAACUCUGUCGAGCGCGUGAUUGAGUACAUCGAUAUCGAGCAAGAACCUCCUGCUGUCAUCGAAGGCGCACGUCCUCCUGCGGGCUGGCCCCACGCCGGCUCGAUCCAGGUCGAGAAUCUGUCGCUUCGGUAUGCACCUGAGCUGCCAAAGGUGAUUAGCGGGCUGACGUUCGAGGCCAAGCCGGGCUGGAAUAUCGGAGUUGUUGGCCGCACGGGAGCCGGAAAGUCGACGAUCGCGUCGGCAUUCUUCAGGUUCUUGGAGGCGCAGGAGGGAAGGAUUGUGAUUGAUGGAAUUGAUAUCAGCACUAUUGGUCUCCGUGACUUGCGCGAGGCUUUGGCAAUCAUUCCUCAAGAUCCUACUCUCUUCUCCGGCACUAUUCGCUCAAACUUGGAUCCAUUCAACCAAUACUCUGACGCCGCGAUUUUUGAAACGCUUCGCCGCGUCCAUUUGGUCGACUCAGAGACUGACAUUUCCGGUGCCUCGUCAUCUACACAGUCGGAAGAGGCCCAGUUCAACGUGUUCACAGAUCUCAGCUCCCCUGUUGCCGAAUCAGGAAACAACCUUUCCCAAGGCCAGAGACAGCUGAUGUGCCUCGCCCGAUCGCUUCUGAAGUCGCCCCAGAUCAUCUUCCUAGACGAAGCCACUGCGUCGAUCGAUUACGCGACCGAUGCGCUUCUGCAGCAGACGAUUCGCGAAGAGUUCCGCAAGUCGACAAUCAUGACGAUCGCGCAUCGUCUGCGGAGUAUCAUAGACUACGACCGGAUUCUCGUGCUGGACGCGGGGAGACUUGUCGAGUUUGCGUCGCCGUUCGAGCUUAUUACAAAAGAAAAUGGAAUUUUUAGAGGGAUGUGCGAGAGCAGUGGGGAGUUUGAUGUGCUUACAGAGUUGGCGGAGAAGGCUUUUAAGGAAAAGGAGUUGCAGGAGCAGCAGCAGUAG